AGCAUCCCUAGCACACAACAAAAGAAGCUCUUUUGAAGCUCUCCCAUGAAUUAUCCACAGCAUCUCCUCAAUCCAAUCCCCUACAACCUCUUCAAAUCGCUUCUUUCGAUCCAAAGUCGCUUCUUUUCCACCACCCAGAUCAUGGAACGAGAGGCGAAUUGAGGAGUUGGUAGUUAAUUUGGGUUCAUUUGAGGAUUUGGAUCGUGGUGGGAUUCUAAAAUCUAGGGCACGAAUGCGGCAGUUCUCUUCGCUGUGGAAUGGAUUGGCCAAGUCCUUGUACGCGGGGAAGGGGAGGACGAGGAAGGAGGAAGGGGGGAGGGAGGCGGCGGAGGAGCUCGCGAGGGAGGCGAAGAGGAACGACAUGGUAUUGAGAUCGUCGGGGACGGUGCGGGGCGAGGGGUCGAAGAGUUUCGCUUCGGCGUAUUCGCAGAGAGGGGAGAAGGGGUCGAACCAGGAUUGCUCUAUUGUGUGGGAGGAAUUUGGAUGCCAAGAAGACAUGAUCUUCUGCGGAAUUUUCGACGGUCACGGCCCCUGGGGCCACUAUGUGGCGAAAAGGGUCCGGAAAUCGCUUCCUCCGUCUCUGCUUUGCAAUUGGCAAGAAGCACUUGCCUUGGCUUCUCUAGUAGUUGAUAAAAAGCUCUGCCAUUUCGACUUAUGGAAGCAGUCGUAUCUCGCGGCAUCUGCGACGGUCGAUGGGGAGCUCGAGCAUGAUCGCAGGCUCGACGCCUUCCACAGCGGCACCACCGCAUUGACGAUUGUCAAACAAGGUGAUCUUAUGGUAAUUGCGAAUGUUGGUGAUUCUCGUGCGGUCUUGGCUACAACUUCUGACAAUGGAAGUUUAGUUCCCAUCCAACUCACCGUUGAUUUUAAACCGAAUUUACCUCAGGAAGCAGAACGAAUAACUCGCUGCAACGGACGCAUAUUUUGUUUGACUGAUGAACCGGGUGUACAUAGGAUUUGGUUACCAAAUGAGGAGGCACCGGGAUUAGCGAUGUCGAGAGCAUUCGGAGAUUACUGCAUCAAGAAUUAUGGCCUCAUAUCUGUGCCUGAAGUGACUCAGAGGAGAAUAACUAGUAGAGAUCAGUUCAUCAUUCUCGCCACGGACGGGGUUUGGGAUGUGAUUUCGAACCAAGAAGCUGUGCGGAUUGUUUCAUCGACAAAGAAAAGAGGCAAGUCGGCGAAACGGCUGGUGGAGUGCGCGAUUCGCGCAUGGAAGUGCAAAAGGAAGGGAAUAGCAGUUGAUGAUUGUUCAGCAAUAUGUCUCUUUUUCGACUCCUUCCCAUCCUUAGAAUGUUGAUUUCCUCAUUCAACAUGUAAAACAGAUAAUAAUGACAUCUAAUUCAUAUGUUUCCAGAUUUGUUCUCUUCAUUUAUUAAAUUUAGUUGUAUCUUCUUUUUUCAAUCAA